ACGCCCUCAUCUUCAUAAAACCCACAGAAUUCACCAUCUUUUAGUGAUAAGUAUAUUUUUUAUUUUUCAGCUGUAAUUGCCCCCCAAGAGGGCAAGGCUCAUCACCACAACAGCAGCAAAAGAAGGAGCUUUUCUUCUUCUUCCUCCUCCUCUUCUUCUUCUUCUUCUUCUUCCUCCUCCUCCUCUUCUUCUUUCUUUCUUUUUCUUGUCAUGAUGUUGGGCACAUCUUCUUCCUCAGCUGGUGGCCUAAUAGGAGGCAAUUCAGCUGAGGCCGGGGCUGCGGGGACCACUGGGGCAGCGGCAGCAAUAGAAGCUGGAGCCGCUCCCCAUGAUAGUGGUGGAAGCGGCGAAGUGGGCGGUGGGACGGGAGGAGCAAUCCCGAGUGGAUUCAGUGAGGAUGAAAAGGCAAGGAUUGAAGAAGGUGAGAGGGCAGCUGGGGGUAAUAGGUGGCCUAGACAAGAAACAUUGGCCCUCCUAAAAAUAAGGUCUGAAAUGGAUGUUGCUUUUAGAGACUCAAGUCUUAAAGGUCCAUUAUGGGAAGAAGUUUCCAGGAAAAUGGCUGAACUUGGCUAUCAACGGAGCUCAAAGAAGUGUAAAGAAAAGUUUGAGAAUGUUUUCAAGUACCACAAGAGAACCAAAGAAGGCCGAGCUUCAAAAGCAGAUGGCAAAACUUAUCGCUUCUUUGAUCAAUUGGAGGCACUUGAGACUAAUCCCUCAAUGCAAUUGCCUCAACCUCCAACAAGGCCUCAGCCUCCAACGCCGGCCGCUGCGGCAAUGGCCGUGCCAAUGCACGCAGCUUCAAAUCCUCCGAUCUCGUCACAUGGCACUGUUUCAUCGGCUCCGCUCUCACCAAAUCCAGUAAGUUUUGCUCAAAACUUUCUGCCCCAAAAUGUUACUAGCAAUGCUAUUCCCACCAUCCCUUCACUGCCACCUUCUCAAUCACAACACUUGCAUCCGCCGCCGCCAACGACGAACGCUGCAAAUCAUCCUCCUCCUCCUCCUCAUCAUCAUCAUCAUCAUCCGAGCAACACUACUUUUCCUCAUCAUCCCAGUUUAUCGACGAGUAUGUUGUCCAAUUCUUCAUCUUCAUCUACUUCGUCCGACGAGGACAUCGGAAGGCGGCAUUUGAGGAAAAGGAAAUGGAAGGAUUUUUUCGAGAGACUAAUGAAGAAUGUGAUCGACAAGCAAGAGGAGUUGCAGAAGAAGUUUUUGGACACGCUAGAGAAACGGGAGCGCGACCGGAUGAUAAGAGAAGAAGCGUGGAGAGUUCAAGAGAUGGCUAGAAUUAAUCGAGAACACGAUCUUUUAGUCCAAGAAAGAUCCAUGGCGGCCGCGAAAGAUGCAGCAGUCAUUGCAUUCUUGCAAAAGAUCACUGAACAGCAAAACCCCAACAAUCCUAAUUCUACUCCAAUUCAGCUUCCAGCGCAACUCCAAUUGCCAGAAACAACUCGAAUCCCGCCGGCUCCGCCGCCUACGGUUCCUCCGUCGAUGUCGGUAUCAGUCCCACAAGCAACGCCUGUAACACCAAUUCCACCACCUGCUGCUACUGCUGCAGUUGCACCACAACCGCCCAUACAAGCAACAAUGGGGGCCGCGCCAACGAGGAAUCUGGAAAGCAGUCCUAAUAAAACGGAUAACGGGAUUCAGAAUUUCAUGCAACCGAGCUCUUCUCGCUGGCCUAAGGCUGAAGUUCAAGCUUUGAUUCGUAUGCGAACCAAUCUUGACGUCAAGUAUCAAGAAAACGGACCCAAGGGACCACUCUGGGAGGAAAUAUCAUCAGGAAUGCGUAAACUGGGGUACAACAGAAAUGCCAAGAGAUGCAAGGAGAAGUGGGAAAACAUCAACAAAUACUUCAAGAAAGUCAAGGAGAGCAACAAGAAAAGACCCGAGGAUUCAAAAACGUGUCCAUAUUUCCACCAGCUCGAUGCUUUAUACAGAGAAAAAGCGAAAGGGGAAACGACUUCAUUUGCCUCUGGAUACCAAAAUGUUAAACCCGAGAAUCCCAUGGUGCCAAUCAUGGCUAGACCAGAACAACAGUGGCCGUUACAACAGGAUCAACAACAGCAGCAGCAGCAACAACAACAGCAGCAGCAGGAUUCUGCAAUGGAGGAUCACGGGAGCGAUAACAUGGAUGAAAAUGACCAUGACGAAGAUGAUGGGGACGAAGAUGAGGACGAAGAUGAAGGAGCAGGAUACGAGAUAGUGACAAACAAGCAGGCUUCGUCUGUGGCGACCACAGUCGAGUAGCGAAUGAGGCCAUGGAGGAAGAGGAAAGAGGCCGAGGUGGUAAAAAAAAAAAAAAAGAAAGGGGACAACAGGACUGAGGAGUUUGGGAGGUGGGACAGAUUUGCAGGAAGAUGCCAGAAGAACGAAGGAAUCAGUGGGUCAGAAAAACGGUAGGCAUGAAAUUGUUGCUGCAGAGAUGAUGGGUGGCUUGUUGGCUGGCUGGUGGUGAAAAUAGUAAAGAUAAAAAAGAAAGUGGAAAUACAUAUGGGAAAAAAAGAGGAUGGUGUUUUACUUUUUUUUUUUUUGGUUUAAAUUUACUUUUAUUUUUUUUAAAUUUGUUUCUUUUUUUUUUUACUUUCUUUGGGGGGUUUUUUUUUGAGGGGGGGGGUUUGGUGUUGUAAGGGUACAGUGGUUAGCUUGGUAUAAGUUUAAUUUUUAUAAUUUAUUUAUUGUUUUGAGAAAAUAAGUAAAUUCAUAGAGAUAGAGAGAGAGAGAGAGAGAGAGAGGAGUUUCAAUUAAUAAACACAGACAAGGAUAGUGGCUGUAUUUAAAAUUUUCAUUCUGUUAAUGGGGGUGUAAUGUGACAAAAUGGUUAAUUAGUGUUUUUGUCUUUUGAUGAGCAUACUUUGUUGGGUACUUUUAGUGAUUCUUUGCUUCAUUAAAAUAGUCUUUGAUACUGAAGGAAAGCACUGGUUUUCAUGUGGCCA